AUGGAACAACCACAUGGCUUUGUGGAUCCACAACAUCCCAAUCAUAUUUGUUUGCUCCAGAAAUCUCUCCAUGGUCUUAAGCAAGCACCAAGAGCAUGGUAUGAGAGGUUCAAUCAAUAUCUUCUUAAAUUUGGUUUCUCAAAUUCUGUUUGUGAUACCUCCAUGUUUAUAUAUCAAAAAGGAGAUGCUAGGAUGAUUCUACUGGUUUAUGUUGAUCAUAUUAUUUUAGUUGGUUCUUCUGAUGAUCUUCUUCAAUCUUUCAUUAAUUCUCUCAAAAAUAAGUUUUCUAUGAAGGAUCUAGGCCCAUUGCAUUAUUUUUUAGGUAUUGAAGCUACCUAUGAUUCACCAGCUAAGAAGUUAUUGUUAACUCAAAACAAAUACUCUUUGGAUCUUCUGAAGAAACAUGAUAUGCUGGGAUGUAAGAUAUGCAAAACUCUAGUUGCUCAAGGUCAAAGCGCUUCACUUUGUGAUGAAACAUCUCAAUAUGAUAGCACUUCUUAUAGAAGUUUGGUGGGUGGUCUUCAAUAUCUCACUCUCACUAGACCUGACAUUAGUUUUGCAGUUAACUAUGUUAGUCAGUUCUUACACUAUCCUACAGACAUUCACCUUCAGUUAGAUAAGAGAAUUUUACGCUACAUUAAAGGAUCUCUUGGUCAGGGACUUACACUGUCUUCUGGUAAUUGUUCUGAGCCACAGUCUUAUAGUGAUAGUGAUUGGGAUGGUUGUCCAUAUACUAAUAAAUUUACUUCUAGAUAUUGUGUUUUUAUUGGUGGAAAUCUUGUCUCUUGUUCCUCCAAGAAACAACAGACUAUUUCGCGUUCUUCCAUAGAAGCUGAGUAUCGUGGUUUAGCAAAUGAAACAACAGAAAUUUUAUGGAUCUCUUAUCUGUUUGAAGAAUUGUUAGUACAUCUUUCUUUACCCUGCAAAUUUUUCUUUGAUAAUCAGGGUACUGGCAGUGUUACAACUAAUCCAAUCUUCCAUGCUCGUACCAAACACAUUGAAGUAGAUUAUCACAUGAUCUGUGAUCUAGAUAAGUUUGGUUUUCUACGAGUAUCCUAUGUUCAUACCUCUCACCAGAUAGCUGAAUUAUUUACUAAAGGUCUCUCCAAGUCCCAGUUCAGUGUUUUAAAGGACAAACUGAUGCCUCACGUACGAACAUCAGUUUGA